CGUCGCUAAUUGACGACGUGAUUCUUAGGUCGGAAGAAAAACUCCGCCGCUACGUUACUCCGAGAGAUGACUUCUACUAACGGUGCGAAGAUCUCAAUGUUUGGUGCCAAAUCUGGAUUUGUGAUCCCUAAAAACAAACUCUCUGGAUCAUUGGUCCCGAUUUUUCAACGUGGGAACACAACCCUAGGAGGUGCCAAUGAUACGAAUACUGGACUUCCUUCGAAGCUGGGGAAGAAGAGAAAGACUAAUUGGGGUCUUGAUUUGUCACAAGAUAUUGGAGUCAAGAAAGGUCGAUUUUUAGCUUACCAGAAACGCCUGGAUCAAAUUACGCAGCAAUUGGAAUCGGGAACUCUUGAAGUGGAGACUAAUAGAGAGUCAGCUUUAGCUUCACAGAACAGCAGUGAUAUUAAUAUUGCUGAACAGCUGGAGAUUGAAAAACGCGAAGCAAUUGGGGAGAUACUCGAGUUGAAUCCGAGGUACAAGGCUCCACCUGAUUAUAAGCCAUUGCUGAAAGAAGCUAGGUUGCCGAUCGAUCUGAUAUCGUAUGGACCUGUGCUUCUGCAGGUUAAAGAACAUUCUGAUUUCAGCUUUCUAAGUCUCAUAUUUGGUUCCCAAGGUGAUACUCAAAAGCGGCUCGAAAAAGAGACUGGAGCCAAAGUACAAAUUUUUGGUACUAAAACAGGAGGAGAGAAGGUUGAACUCUCUCCUUCAGAUGAAAAUAAAAUCCAGACGUCCUGGCAAGAGUUAUAUUUUCAUAUAUCAUCUGACACUUACGAAAAAGUGGAUGCAGCUAUUGCUGUAAUUGAGCUACUUAUCUCUUCAGUGUCUGGAAAUACAGGAGCUGGUGCUGCUCCUCCAUCUUCCCGAUCUGAAGAGAUUUCAACUAUUCUAGAAAACAGCAACAUGCUUGCUACCAACCCGAGCUCUGAACAGCCAACUGAUAGCUCUGUACAACCUCCCCAAAGCCAAGUCCAACAGCAUGGUUCCUCCUUUCUUUUGGAUUCAAAUCAAGCUACAUUUCAUCCACCUCUUAAACCCUAUGCUUCAGGUCUUGGUUAUAGUAUCCAGGAACAAGAACUGCCUACCAAUUUGAUGAACCUCAAUCAUCUUUCUGCUCAGCAACCACUUCCAGUUCCUCAUGACACAUCAUUACCUCCUGGUUCUCACGUUCCUCGACCACCAGAUUCGUUCUCCUUUAGCCUUUCCAACACACCAAGGGCCUAUUCUGUGACUGCGCCUCCGUAUUCUUGCAGUCAGAUACAACCAAUAGGACCACGUUCUACUAUGAGGCCGUCCACCCUAUUUACUUUCCAACCUGUACAUAGACCAACACUGUUGCCAGACAUAGUCUCAAGCAACAUGGCACAAUCAGUACGGCCUCUGGCUCCUAACUUUAGUCCACAUCCGGUACCUCAUCAGCCAGGUACUGAACAUCUAGCAGAAUAUGAUUCUGGUGGUUCUCUGCGUCCCAUGUCAAUAUCAGCACAUAUUGCUGGUAGGCCUGCUGGUAAUGUUCCUACUUAUCCUCCCAUAAAUCCUCUCACAAAUUCAGCUCCUAGACCAUUUCACGGGGAUUUUGGUUUCCUUCCACAACAACCAAACGUUGUUUCCACACCACAUAUAUAUCCUAGACCCAACUCUCAAUCAGCUCAUCUUCCUCAUCUGGCAUUUCAAGCUCCAUCCGUCAUUCCAACCUCUCAGCAUUUUGAGCAAAAUCACACAAGAUCACAGCACUUCGGCAGGCAGAUGGAUCAACCCUUGAGCCACCCAUCUGCACCAUUUCAUGGUACCGCGAGAUCUUCCAACUUGCAGAACUUUGGACCUCCAUUGUCUCAGAUGAUGCCUAGGAACUUCCCUGGGGCUCAAUUUCCGCAGCAUUCUGCUCAUUUCCCUCCAAGACCAGUGUUUCAUCAUGAUAACCUGAUACCACGUGGCCAACCACAGAUUCGCCACCGGUUCAACUCUGGUGUCCAUCAAGUAUAUGACCCGUUUUCACCUAGUGAUGCUUAAUACAGUAGUGUGUUUUCAAUAGCCACGUUUCUGCAUUAGGGACUGCUAAACUUUAAUAGGGAAUGUCCCUUUUUGCUACAAGUGACUUAAUCGAUUAUGUCAUUUACCAUGUAUAAAUGCAAUUGCAAUUU